UCCGCCAUGUUCGUUCCUUCCGCAGCGCCCGGUGGCGGUGGCGCAGCCCGGGACCGGGACCGGCGGGAGGAGCGGCGGCAAUUCUCUUCCCGCGGGCAGGGAUCGGCCUCCCCAGCGCGCCCGGGAGCGGCGGCAGUUCCCUUCCCGCGGCCUGGAGCCGAGUCAGAUUUUUGGAAACUUGCAGAUCUGCUAUAGGCAACAAGUUUUACCACUGUAGUGAUUGAGGGCUGAGAAAUGUAAAUCCUCCACAAACAGUCUAGGAAAACAGGAGGAUCUUUUCCCGUAACAAAAUGGCAACAAAAUCAUCACUCCUUAAAGUAAUACUGCUGGGAGAUGGUGGAGUUGGGAAGAGUUCCCUCAUGAACAGAUACGUCACCAACAAGUUCGACGCGCAGCUGUUUCAUACCAUAGGUGUGGAAUUCCUAAACAAAGAGUUGGAGGUGGAUGGACACUUUGUUACCAUGCAGAUCUGGGACACUGCAGGGCAGGAACGCUUCAGGAGCUUGCGGACUCCUUUCUAUAGAGGUUCUGACUGUUGCCUGCUAACCUUCAGCGUGGAUGACUCUCAAAGCUUCCAAAACUUAAGCAACUGGAAGAAAGAAUUCAUUUAUUAUGCAGAUGUGAAGGAGCCUGAAAGUUUUCCAUUUGUGAUACUGGGUAACAAAGUUGAUAUCGAUGAAAGGCAAGUAUCUACAGAGGAAGCCCAAGACUGGUGCAGGAAUAAUGGCAACCAUCCCUAUUUUGAAACCAGUGCAAAAGAUGCCACUAACGUUGCAGCAGCCUUUGAAGAAGCUGUUAGAAGAGUUCUGGCCUCUGAAGAUAGAUCAGAUCACUUUAUUCAAACAGAUACGGUAAACCUUCAUCGGAAACCGAAGCCCAGCUCAUCUUGUUGUUGACUUAAAUUUCUUUUUGCCAAAUUACUGUUGACUAGCUUGCUCUGUAAAGGAAUGGGGAAGGUGUAGUAGAUAGAAUAACAAAUGGAUUUCACUCUAAUAUUAAAAUUGUAAUAUUUUGCUGCUUUCAUGGGGGAGAAAAAGAAAAAUCUCCAUUCAUGAGUGACCCGUUAAUGAAUUAGUGAUGCUUUCUGUUUAGGAAGACAUCAAGGAAAAAAAUAAUAUAAGAGUAUAAUUUGCCAACUUUAUUCAAAUGAUAAAUCCUUUGAAUAUAAUUAAAACUUGAAAGUUCUAGAAGCACUACUUUGGAGAAGCUGUUCUGGAAUUCAGGCACAAAGAUACUUUUAUAUGUGUAUAUUUUUAUGAAAUCGGCAUUCCACUUUUGUUUCAUUAGAUGUCAGUUUCUUAACAACGCUAGAUAUUAAACUUCAGUCUCACUACAUUCCUUUUGCUGUGAGUGGUACUUCAUCUCUAAUCUGGUUAUUAUAAGUUAAUAUAAAUUACAUCCAGGUCUUCUAAUUGCCUAAUGUUGCUGUAAUUUGUGUAAGUUUGUAAGUAGGAAUUAAAUUUCCUACGUAUUUAGUGUCCAUUUUCUCCCAUAUAUUAAUCUGAUGCUGCACUAAUUUCUCUAGUGGUUUAAUGCAAAAUACCGAUCAUUUUUUAAAUUAAUGUGUGUCCUUGCCUUAAGUCCAUUCUGGCAUGUUUCUGAUCAAUAAGGUGAAAAAUCUGAGUAACUGAAAUAUAACCAUUUUUUGAAAAAGAAAUGCUUUAUUCAGUCAGCUUUAAUAGCACUUGAAAGGAUCCACAUUGUGACAGUUUUUUAGGAAAACUUGUGUACAGCCUUAGAAGUUCCAAACUUCUUGUUUCUGUUACCCUGAGCUAUGAAUGUGUUUACCUGUAAUAUCUGCACUGUGAUAUUAAGGAAUGGCAAUACGUAGAGAACUCAGGAAGCUCUUGACUUACAGUAGAUUUGACAGCUUUCAGCCCUAAUACAGGUAUAUAACUAUAGAUAGUGUUUGAGCUGAAUUUGAUCAUUAUUAAAAUUGCUAUUUUAGGAUAUGGACUUGUACCUUUAAGAGAUAAUGACUUUUAUAUUACUGAAUUCAUUUCAUAAUUAUGAACUGUAUUUGUUGGACAGUUUUUUUGCUGUCAGGCAGACAAAACUUGCAGGUGUUUUUGAGGCUUUCAGCUGCAGUUUAAGUGGUAGAAUACUUGUAUGAGAAAUGGUUAUUGGCUCUCAGAGUAACCACUGUCCUUGCAGUAGCAAAAUUGCUAGUACAGUAGCAAUUGCUUCCAUCUGUAAUUGACUGCUAACAGGCACACAUGUGCACAUGGUCUGAGAGGAAGUCUGAUGCUGCAGGACAGGCCAUGUUAUUGAUUAAACAAGAAGUUUUCUGUACAGAAACUUUUUUGUUUCAAUGGAAAAGCAUUUCUUGAAGAGUACAUUACCAGCAAGCACUUUAUCUAAAAGUAUCUGCUCAAUCUGUACCAGGUGUAAUUAUUUGGAAGUAAAGCUUGCAAAAACAAA